AUGGAUUUCAGCAGCGAGGCUCCAGCUCUAGCCACCAAGAAUCCUUCAGUGGGAGUCCUGCCUGUGGGUGCAGCCCAGGGCGGCCUGCUCCACCUUCUCCUACAGGCUCCAGAGCCCUGCCACCCCAAGGCUCCGGAGCCCUGCCACCCCAAGGCUCCAGAGCCCUGCCACCCCAAGGCUCCGGAGCCCUGCCACCCCAAGGUUCCUGAGCCAUGUCUCCCAACGGUCACUCCAGCGCCAGCUCAGCAGAAGACCAAGCAGAAGUAA